AUGGACCGGCGCCCCGUCACCAACACCGUCAUCGUCACCAAUGUCGCCGACUACGACCCGCGCCUGAUCCAGUUCCCCGAGGCGGUGCCGCUCGAGGUGGUGGCGCUCCCGAAAUUCGGCCGCAUCAUCGUCAUCUGCCCCAGCCAUGAGGUCGCUGCCACCGUGAAGCAGGCGCUCAUAGACCAGGGCUACGGCGCCGGCUACAGUCUCCAGGAUAACAAAUACACCGUGCUUGACGGCUACGAUGUUGGUCCCGACGUUGACUACCUCGAGCUCCCACUGGAGGCGGGGUCGCGAAGGUUCCUUAUCUCGCCGCCCCGGUCUCCCCCCGCUGAAUGGAACCACUGGGACCGGGAGGAAGAAGAGCCCAACCAGGUGCCGUACCUGUCACAAGACCUUUCCCAUCUAUUAUGGGAGAAGCUUGGUGGCGGCAAAGUACAAAAAAUUCACGAUAACGACGACGACAACGAUACCACGCCUAAAGUUACUACUGAGGUGCUACUAGAGCAGCAACAGGGGGUGCCUGCCAUUAUUAUUGAUUCCGACGACCAUGUGGUCAAGGACGACAAACGAACCACCAUCCCCAAAACGUCAUUGCCGUUAUAG